AUGACUGCAGCGGAGAAGUCCUAUUGGCAAGCAGAGGCAGAUAAGAUCAAUGAAGCGCGUCAGGCGGUGGCUGCAACUAGUCUAGCAAAUCGCGAAGUGGAGCAAGAGUCUGGGCUGCAGGCGAGCCAGAUUAAGCGGCUGAAUGCUUCGCGUCUCCAGCGCACUGCCUUGGACCUGGCUGAUCAUCCUGUGUGGCAGAAAGGCUUGGGCAUCGCUACCCAUCAUGCGCCCUUGAAGCCAUCACUUGUGGUGGAUUUAGAGGGUCAGCAGGUGGAGGCAGAAACACGAAGAAUUUUCGCCUACGACCCGCGCAUCAUAAAGAAUCCGGACAAGUUCCCCACUUUUCAACGGUCUUGUCUUUGGCAGCAUGCCGGGGUUUGCCAGCUGGAUCCCUGCUUCGACGCCGUGCGUGAGCUGGUGGGGCAAUAUGAUCAGACAUUGCAAAGCAAGCGUUUGGGCAACAUGCUUCUACUUGUCCAGGUCCGCACUGGUGGUGUCGCUGACGGAGAUUCGGUUUGGCUGCUGCAGGGGUGUGUCUGCCGACGCCCGAUACUGCGCGUCAUGCUGCGGCUGUGGUUGCGAGAAGCUGGCCAAGUGGCACCUAGCGUCACGAACGGCGCGCCGAAAAUUUGCACCUCACAAAUGUUGUUCCUGGGGCUGGUCCGUGCGCACCUGUCUGCCCACCCGGAAGAUGUUCAGCUGGAUCACCUCCGGUUGCAGGCAAGGGUGUCAUGGUACCCGAACUUCACUUGCGUUCAUGAUGAGUCUGAGCUCGUCAUGAGACAUGGUAACGCCACGCUUGCCUUUUGGAUUGAAGAUGCCGCCUUCUUCUCGACCACCUACAAAGGGCACGGCGAAGAUGCCUUCCCCGCUGAUCUCCCAGGGGCGGCCCAGGUAGAGCUGGAUGAAGCAUUAGCUGCAGAACAGUCGUUGAUGAAGGAGCAGGACGACAUUCCCGGUGCAGGUGUGAGCAACAGCAGCAGCAGCAGCUGCAGCCGUGCACCUGCGCCAGUGCCGGAGCCCUCAGCCCGUCAGGCAUGUUCACGCUUCCAGUCCUCACUUGGCGUACAGGAUGUUAGCCGAGCGCAGAAGAACAGACUUGUUUGUUUCUUGUGCGAGAGUGCAAUCCCAAAGGGAUCCAUGAAAUUCUCAUACGCGCGCAAGCUUUCCAAACCACCCCGUAGCAUCCACUGCACAUGCGUGGCGCUGAUCCCAUCCGCAAAUCUGCAGCCUUCUGUGGAAACCUUGCGGAAGUUGGCGGAGAGAACCUGUGACGAACCAAGAGCCGCAUGUCGGCAAGCGCUCCAGGAUUUGUGUGUGGUCUAG